AUGCCAGGCGCGGAAGCCCCCGGGCGCGACGUGGAAGAGGGCGUGCACGUAGAACAUAGCGGAGGGAGUGGAGGCCUCGUCAUGCGCACCUUCGCCUCGAGGCGGCGCCUCUCCGCCCGCGCGUGGGCGAAGAUCGCGGCCGGCGUCGCCCUCGGCGUCGUCGGCUUCACUCUGUUGAUGCUGCACUUUGGUGGCGACAGCUCCGUGCUCGUGCCGGAAAAGAACCCCGACGCCGAGCAGGGCACGGUCCUGCACGGCGGGACGCCGGCGCCCGGCGACCCGACCGAGAGGCCCCCCGAAACGGACCCCCCCCUCGAGACAGUGCCCCCCCUGAGCACGGCCACGCAGGCGCCCGAGCCGGCGUCGCGCGGCGGCGUGCCGACGGGCGCCGAGGCGUACGAGCUGCGCGUCGUCGCGGAGUACCCGCACGACCCGGCCGCGUUCACGCAGGGCAUCGAGUAUGACCAAUACUGCCCCACGGGGCCUGACUCAUGCGAGGACACCUUCCUCGAGUCCACGGGGCUGUACGGGGAGUCCACGCUGCGCCGCGUCCGCCUCAGCACGGGCGAAGUCAUUUGGAGCCGCGACCUCGACAGCAAGCACUUCGGCGAGGGCUCGGCGCGCGUGGGCGACAAGCUGUACCAGCUGAUCUGGCAGACGGGGGAGGUGUAUUUGUGGGACCUCUCCUCGGAGCCCGCCACGCGCGAAACACUCCUCCCGGGCCCGCUGUCCGACGGCUGGGGCCUCGCGUACGACGGGCAGAGCCUCAUCGCGACCGACAGCGGCGACACGCUCCACUUCUUGGCCCCGGGCGACUCCCUGACGCGUGAGAAGAGCGUCAAGGUCACGUCGCGCGGGCGGCCCGUGCCGCGCUUGAACGAGCUCGAGGUCGUGCAGGGCGAGGUCUGGGCGAACGUGUGGUACAGGGACUGCGUCGCUAGAAUCGACAAAGACUCCGGAAACGUCAUCGCGUGGAUCGAUGCGCGCCCGCUGCAUCAGAGGGUGCUGGAUGACCACGGGAUGGGCGCGGACGUGCUGAACGGGAUCGCGUGGGACGCGGCGACGGGCCGGCUGUGGCUCACAGGGAAGCUAUGGCCCAAGGUGUACGAGGUGGAGGUGGUGCCCGCGGCGCAGGGCGUGACGGCGGAGGCGUUGCAGACCGCGUGCAUGCCGUAG